AUGGCCUAUUAUCCAGAUUGGGUGGGGUCUACUUUCCCGCCUACGAGGAUUGAUUUCAAACGCGUGGAUUGGAUCGAUUUUGCGUUCGCUGUACCAACAGAAGAUUUUAGUUUGACCUGGGACGAUCCAACUGGGCCCACUCUCUUGGAGGAUCUGGUUUCUUCCGCCCAUUCAAUGGGUGCAAAAGUGAAGCUUAGUAUUGGAGGGUGGACCGGAAGCAAACACUUCUCAUCCGCUGUGGCGACCCCUGAUAGCAGAGUUUUAUUUGCCCAGAACAUUUUAGCUGUCUACCUUCAAUACUCAUUAGAUGGCAUAGAAAUCGACUGGGAAUAUCCUGGACAGGCAGGCUCGCCUGGAAACAAAUUCCAUCCCGACGAUACGGCUAAUUUUUUAUUAUUUUUAAAUAUUUUACGCACUGUCCUACCACCUGUCGCCCGCAUUACAGCAGCGGUAGAGCCAACGCCUUUUGUUGAUGCCGCAGGUAGACCUUUGACUGAUGUAGAGGAGUUUAGCAAAGUGUUGGACUGGGUUUUGAUAAUGAACUAUGACAUCUGGGGGUCAUCUUCUCAUCCCGGUCCAAAUGCUCCAUUGUAUGAUGCAUGCGAAAAUUCUACCCAGCCAGACGCCAGUGCGGCUGGAGCCUAUGAUGCUUGGACAAAAGCAAACUUUCCCACCUCCAAACUUGUACUUGGGUUACCGUCCUAUGGAUAUAUCUCCUCAUCGACCGAGGCUCGACUUCGAACUCGAUCGAAAACGAAAGCAAAGAAAACAAAAUCCGGUAAAAUUGUUGGCGAUGACGGUGAUUCGGAAGGUCAAGUACAGUUUAAUGAGCUCGUUCAGCAAGGGGUUCUUUUACGCUCUGGUAACGAUUCAUUCCAUUAUGAAGUCAACGCCGAAUCAGGAUUUGAAGGUUUAUGGGAUGGAUGUUCAGAGACGCCAUAUCUGCGAUCAUCGAUUUUCAAUCAAGUGAUAACGUAUGAUAACCCUACUUCACUCGCUAUGAAGGCGGCUUUUGCGAAGAAGGUCGGCAUGUUGGGCAUCAAUCUGUUUGAUAUUCAUGGUGACACUGAUCGUUGGGAUUUGUUGGAUUCCAUACGCUAUGCAUUGGAAUUACUUUAG